GCGAGCGGCACUGGCUCUUCCGUGUAGUAGAUCUCCGAGGGCGACUGACCGACAGAUUCAUCAACAGUGAGGACAACAGGGGUCACAAUGUCUUUCAGAGAUUUGAGAAGUUUCACAGAAAUGAUGAGAGCUUUGGGCUAUCCCCGCUUGAUUUCAAUGGAGAAUUUCAGAACACCUAAUUUCAAUCUGGUGGCAGAAAUCAUGUUAUGGCUCGUUAAAAGAUAUGAACCUCAGAUGGAUAUUCCUCCAGAUGUAGGGACAGAGUCGGACAGAGUAUUCUUCAUAAAGGCCGUGGCUCAGUUCAUGGCAACCAAAGCGCACAUCAAGCUGAACACCAAGCGCCUCUACCAGGCUGACGGCUAUGCAGUCAAAGAGAUGAUAAAGAUCACAUCAGUGCUGUACAGCGCGAUGAAGACCAAGCAGAUGGGGCUGGAAGAUCAAGUUGAAGAGGACAGCAACAAGUUUAAGUUUGACAUUAGUUCACGGAUUUCUGACCUCAAAGAAGCUCGGCACCUAGCCUCGGAGGUCACGUCAAAAGGAGCAUCUUUGUAUGAUUUACUGGGCAAGGAGGUGGAACUUAGGGAAAAGAGAACUGCGGCCAUUGCGAGACCUCUGGAGAUCGAUGUGACUGAAAAGGCUCUGAGAGUAGCCAUCAGGGAGGCCUUGGAAACGGUGGAGAAAACCAAAGAAAUGCUGAAUAACAUUGUGUCUGAUGAAGCCAAUCUAGAUGCCAAAAUAGAAAAGAAGAAACAGGAACUAGAGAGGAGUCGGAAGAGACUUCAAACGCUGCAAAGUGUGCGACCAGCUUUCAUGGACGAAUAUGAAAAGAUCGAAGAAGACCUGCAGAAGCAGUAUGAAAUCUACGUGGCAAAGUUUAAAAACCUUUGUUUCCUGGAGUCUCAACUCGAAGAUUACCAUCAGCUGGAGCAAGAACGGUUUGAGGAAGCUGAAAACACUCUGAGGAUGAUGCAGCAAAAUCUGAAGGAGGAGGACAGAGAUCUAAUGAGGAGCUCACUGAAAGAUGUGGACUCCGACAUGGAUGUUCUUGAGGAUGAAGGUGAUAUGGACAGUGAUUUGGAAGAGUCUCGACCCUCGAAUCCGCGGCCCACUCGAAAUGGCUCGAUGGCUGCCAAACAGAUGAGCGAUUUAUUCGGAAGAGGAACAAGAUUCACCGGGAACAUGCAGGGGGGUGACAGUGAUGAGUCAGAAGACAGUGAGAUAGAAGUGGAUGAAGAUGAUGAAGAGGAGGAAGGCGAGGAUGAGAGCAAAGAGUUAGAUGAUGACAGUUUGGAGGACCGUGUGGCCAGAGCACCUCGCUCCUCCAGAGGACGCACGAGACCCCCUCUUUUCGACGAGAGUGACAAUGACUUCUGAACUACAAAAACAAAUGUUUAUUUCUACUCAAAUACAGAUGAGCUCUGUCAUAUAUUCUAUUUUGUAUUUUAGCUCAUCGUAGAUGUUAUUUUUUGUUGUAUUGACUCGUAACAUUUAAAGAUUUCAUUAUGGGAGCACAGCAUCUUGAUGUGGUUUUCUGUACCUCGAUGCUCUUAUAUUAUAUACUGGAUCGGUUUAGCAUAAGAAAAACAAGUGUACUACUUUCAUAAACAUUGAUGUCAUAACAUCAUAACAAUACAGUAGCAGUAAUUAAGUAUAUAACUUUUAGAUCGCCUAUCCUUAGCAGUUCAGAAAAUAUUUGAAGCAAAUAGACUUGAUUCAAAACUCCUGCAAUUACUAAUUACUUGCAUUCAAUGCAUCAGAUCUGAGGAUUGCUAUUUACGAGCUUUAGUCCACGAUUAAUUUAUUUAAAAUAGUUUACCUUGACUUGCUGCGUUCAGUGGUAACAACUAGACUUCGAGGAAUGUGGGAUUUCCCAUCACUAUGUGAUCUUCGUGCAAAAUCAACCACGCACCAAUCUUUGUGUCGUGUUUUUCUUUGGUGUUUACGUCGCAAUGAAAUGUAAUUGUUGAUGCAUUAUUGCCAUGACAUUGGCGUCAUAUUGAAAGAAAAGCGCUGCAGCCGCUUGGUGUUGCAUGUUGCGAUAUG